AAUGACGUAAUUCUACUGUUAAUCUACUUCAUUUUGGCAUAUUUUUUACUAUCUUCUGUGAUCUGUGAUCACAAAGCAGAAUGUAGUAAUUGGUGGGUUUGAGUUCAUGUGAAUCAGGGAGAUGAUUUGAUCGACCCCUUUUGUUGGGCCACAGGUGUGAAACGGUGGUCCACGUUCACCUACGCAAAGAAACAGAAACAGCCCAUCUCAUGCAGGUUGCUCUCAAAUGAGAUGCAAUCCCUUUUGUGCUGGCAGAAUUCCUAUUAUUGGAACAAACAAUUCUUUUGACAGACUGUGAACGAGAGGUCACAACAUUUGGGUGAAGAGUCAUUUCUCAUACCUUGCUAAAACAAGUGAAUAUGAAGAAGAAAAGCGACACAUCAGCAGCAACCAUGCUCACCAGCUUCCACAACCACAAACGUAUUUGCAAAUGAUGAGUGAAUAUCUCAGAAUUCACUCAUCAUGGACGAUGUUGACACAGGUGUGACUUUAUACAUUUGAAGAAAAAAAAUCAAUAAUGCCUGCCUCCGACCUUUUCACAGUACAUACUAUAUCAACAAUACACACGUCAAUUGUGACUUGAAUCAUUAAUCAACGAAAUGAAAAGUUUUGUCUGGCUCUGAUAUUAAAUUAAAUCACAUAAGAACAGACUGCAAGAAUUCCAAUUCUCAAUGAUUUGUGGUGUAUUUUGGUUUACUGAAAUAUAUUUGGAACUAUCAUAAAUUUUUGAUCCACAAAUAUGUUAAAAAUUCACUGGUUUGUUUAGCUGUAUUACAUUAUAAGAAGUUAUAUUCAGUGACAAGUAUGACUUUCAAAUUGCACUUCCAAUUAUAAACCAUAAUGUGGAUAAAGUGAUUGAAUAUUUUGAAUGAUUUCAGUUUCAUGGUUUAAAAUAUGUGGUUUUGUGCUCAUUUGAGAAAUAUAACUCUCUCUACUUCUUCAUUCUGGACGUGAGAGUGAACUGCCCAAGAAGAAUCCACUUUUGAGUUUGUCAAAAUGCCUUGUGAAAGGAAGCCUAUGCGUUACGGGCAUUCAGAGGGACACACAGAAGUCUGCUUCGAUGACACUGGGAAGUUCAUUGUGACCUGUGGACACGAUGGUGAUGUUCGGAUAUGGGAGAAUCUAGAUGAUGAUGAUCCAAGGUUCAUCACUGUUGGCGAAAAAGCGUAUUCAUUGGCACUCAAGAAUGGCAAGCUCGUGACAGCAAGUUCCAAUAACACGGUGCAGAUUCACACGUUUCCUGAUGGUGAGCCGGACGGCAUCCUUACUCGGUUCACUACCAACGCCACACACGUCACGUUCAACUCCAGUGGAUCCAAAGUUGCUGUCGGCUCCAGUGACUUUUUGGUUAAAGUGGUGGAAGUAUCAGACAGCAGCCAGCAGAAAACCCUCCGGGGCCAUGAAGCACCUGUCCUCAGUGUCACCUUUGACCCUAAAGAUGAGUUUCUGGCGUCUGCCAGCUGCGAUGGCUCAGUCAUUGUGUGGAAUAUUGAGGAGCAGGCUCAGGUGAUCAGCUGGCCUCUGCUGAAGAAAACUAAUGACGUCAGCAAUGCAAAAUCAUUAUGUCGCCUGGCCUGGCAACCUCACACAGCAAAGUUUUUGGCAGUUCCCGUGGAGACCAAAGUUCACCUGUAUGAGAGAGGGUCCUGGAAUCAUGUGAGCACCCUGUCAGAUGAUCUGCUGACUCAGCCCAUCAAUGUGGCAGCAUGGUCUCCAUGUGGAGACUUCCUUGCUGCUGCCAGCGUUGGGGGUUUCAUAACAGUAUGGGACAUUGAAAGCAAACUGUGUGUUGAGCGGCAGAAGCACGAGAAGGGCUUCACAGUGUGCGAUUUAGCCUGGCACCCAUCCGGCAAACAUAUUGCUUACACAGACAAUGAGGGAUGCCUGGGCCUGCUGGAGGGUUUCAGUGCAUCUGGGUCUAAGACCACCUCUUCUAAGGCGACUGGAGAAAAAGGAGAGAAAGGCUACGAAGAUCUAUUUGAUGAAGAUGAUGACAGGGUCAUGGAUGAUGGAUUGAGUGAUGCUAACUCCCCUGCGAAGAAAACAUUCAGUGCGGUCAAUGAAGAUGAGGAGGACGAUGAUGACGAUUUUGUCAUACCUGCAACAGGGCGGGUAAAGAACAGAGGAGGAGCCAUACUGGAUGAUGAAAAUUCACUAGAUUCAGGCUCGUUAAGGCCAGCUAAAUUUGGAGAUGACGAUGAUGCGGACAGUGCCGUGAUGACUGCAGCGCCUCUGCCUGCGGCCUUGCGCCCGGUCUAUGAAGGGCCGCAACCAACGCCACCCCAAAAAGCUUUUCAACCAGGCUCCACUCCUAUCCAACUCACUCACCGCUUUAUGAUGUGGAACUCUGUAGGGACAGUGCGAGGCUACAAUGACGAGCAGGAUAAUGCCAUCGACGUGGAGUUUCACGACACGGCUGUGCACCACACCAUGCACUUCACUAACACGCUGGGCCACACAAUGGCUGAUGUUUCCCAGGAGGCCGUGCUCCUCGCCUGCCCCAGCUCGGCUGAGCUAGCAAGUAAAAUACACUGUCUUCACUUCUCAUCAUGGGACACCAACAAGGAGUGGAUGCUUGACUUGCCCAAGGGGGAGGACGCAAAGGCAUUGUGUCUUGGUCAAGGCUGGGCGGCAGUCGCCACCAACGCACUCAUGGUCAGGCUAUUCUCCAUCGGAGGAGUUCAGAGAGAAAUCUUCAGUCUACCGGGAGCUGUUGUUUGCAUGGCAGGACAUGGAGAGCAGUUGCUCAUUGUAUACCACAGAGGGACCGGUUUCGACGGGGAGCAGGCACUGGCCGUGCAGCUCCUGCAGUUUGGUCGGAAACAAAGGCAAAUCAUCAAUGGGGAACCUCUUCCGAUCUCUCACAAAUCUUAUCUAUGCUGGCUUGGAUUUACCGCUGAGGGUACCCCAUGUUACGUGGAUUCUGAUGGGGUGGUACGAAUGCUGAACCGCUCCCUGGGCUUGACUUGGACACCAGUGUGCAACACGAGAGAGACGUGCAAAAGCAAAUCAGACCACUACUGGGUAGUUGGUGUGCAUGAGAACCCUCAGCAACUCAGGUGCAUACCUUGUAAAGGCUCGAGAUAUCCCCCUACCCUGCCCAGACCGGCUGUGGCCAUCUUGCCUUUCAAGUUGCCUCUAUGUCAAACAACCACUGAGAAAGGACAGAUGGAGGAACAGUUCUGGCGUUCCAUGCUCUUCCACAACCACUACAGCUUCCUGUCCUCCAGCGGCUAUGAAGUCGAUGAGGUUGGACAGAGUCAGUCACAGAAAGAGCAGCAGGAGCUGCUGAUGAAGAUGUUUGCAUUGUCAUGUAAGUUGGAAAGAGAGUUUCGUUGCGUUGAGUUGGCGGAACUCAUGACUCAAAACGUGGUGACGCUGGCCAUUCGAUACGCCUCGAGAUCCAGACGCGUGGCACUCGCGCAACGGCUCAGUCAGGUUGCUCUGGAAAAAGCCAGCCAAAUUCAGGAGGAGCAGGAGGAGACGGAAUACUCCGACAUCAGGCGGACUCCAUCGAGUCAUGACAGUUAUGACCAGAUUGAGGUCAAAGAAAAGCAUCACCGCAGAGAAACACUGGAGGAUGAGCGGAGCCAAGACCUUGAGGAGCAAGAGGACCCACAGACAAUAGAACCUGAAGAUGGAGCCAAAGCCCCAAAGUGUCUAAACCCAUUUGCCAAAGUUCCAGGAUCACCGUCAAAGCAAAUAGCCGCUCUCGGUGAGCAAGCUAGCAGCGUUGGGCGCUCAAACCCUUUCAAGGUUCUUGGUUCUGGGAAAUCCUCUCCUGUGUCUUGUCAUCCUCGUAUGACAAACAUCCUGGACAACAUGACGUCCAGCAGGAAGUCGGCUCCACUAACUUCAUCUGCAGGGAAGUCGAACAAAAGCCCGGUCCUCAAACCACUCCCCACUCGAGGAAAGACAAAGGCUCAGUCCACUCUCCUGCAGAUGAGUGUAAAGACAGUCAAUAAGAAGACCGAGGAGAGCAUGGAGACCAGAGAUAAUCAACAGAAGCAUGCAGAUCUCCCAACUUCUCCCUCACCAGUCGACAAUGCUGAAACGAAGAGACCGAAAACAGGCUUCCAGUUGUGGUUGGAAGAGAACAGGAAGAACAUCAUAGGAGACCACCCUGACCUGGAAGAAAUGGACAUCAUCAAGGAGGCUAUGGGAAUCUUCAGGAAUCUUUCAGCAGAGGAGCGACUGGCAUUGACUGAGCGAGCAAAAGGCCCGGCUGAUGACGUGAUGGACCUGAAGAAAAGAAAACGAAGUGAAGCAGGCGGCAGUGUAGAAAAUGAAAUUGGUCAGGCAGAAGCAAAGGAAAACAAUGCCAAGAAGAAGAAAGCAAUGGAUCCCUCUUCAAAGCUUUCAGCAUUUGCCUUUCACAAGAGCUAAAAUUUGACAGAUCUGUCUUAAUGUGAAACUUUGUAUUUAGUGUUCUUGUUCAGUAAGUUGUGUUCAUUUCUUAAGGCUCUAGUACACUUGUUGACUCGCACUUGGGAUUCCUGAUUUUGUAUCUACUCUUUCACAAAGUGCCAUCAAAAAUGUUUUAAUGCUUCCAUUGCGUGAUCCUGUUUACCAAAAGAAAACAUCAUAGUCCAAUAAAUUCUGGUGAAGUGAGCACAGUAGCGACUGUACUUAGUUCGGUGGAUCAGAUUUGGAGUAUGGCUGCAAGAGACUGUUUUGUAAGGCUGGUGCUGUUGCAUAUCCUUACAACUUUUCAUAGAUCUCGGUGAAAUGUACAAUUGGCUUUACCUUGAAAAAAAAAAAACAGUAAACACAAAAUAUUGAUCAUUUUGCCAGGUCUGAUGUGUGUGCCAAAUUUCAUGCGUUUUGGUAAAGAUUUAGACAAACCAUCUGUUUGUUUUCUUGGCAAAUUGCCACGGCAACGGUAUUUAGCACAAACUUGCGAAUAUUGUGUUUUAACAUCAUAACUGGCUAAACUGUCAUCCAAACCUAUGAUAUGUAGAAAAGUCUUCCAAACAUGACAUUUAAAAAAAAAAUCAAAGCAUAAUACAGGUUUUUCUUAUAGCCAGUAGGUGACAUUGAAAAUAACAACUGUAAAUGAUAACUAAGAUUAGUCUCUCAUCAAAUGGGUGAAAUCUUGAGAAAAUAGACUCAUCUGGUCAAGUUAGAGCAUCUUAAGGAGUCAUAGAAUUGUGAUACCCAAAUGGGCACGCACUCUGCCAAAAAGUCAACAUUCAACGUGAAGCAUGAUCGUCUUGAGGCUUUUCUGACAAAUUUUCAAUUUGAUUCGUUCAAGGUGUGCAUGGCAAUGGAAAGAUGGCAUUUCUUGUCACCACUAAAAGGCGCUAUAUGUCGACCAGAAUAUCAUAUAGAUAGCUCUUUUUAUGCUAUGACUAUGUAUUAAUGUGAAGUUUUGGCUUGCUGAGGCAGCAAUUACAGGGGAGUUUUUGAGCAAGGCUAGAGCUGGAAUUAAAACCUGCACCUCAGAACUUUGAGGCGGACAUGCUAACCAGGGCUCCACCGUGGCACCCCAUCACUUAAAUAACUUAUACAGAUGUGACUUUUGUUUUCUCAAAAAAAAAAAAUGGCAACAUCAAUACUGUAAAAUACAAAAGUGAUAAAUAAUAGUCCCAACACCUGACAGUGUCGUAGAAUGGGAGGAUAUUGAAAGGAGAGUCCUUUUUGGUUUGUAUGGCAGUUGUCUACAUGUGUGCGAAAGAAACAUUUUACUCACGCUUAUGCUAGAGUGAGCUUAGGAUGGUAAAGUAUGUCAUUAAGUUUCAGAACUGCCUGGAGAAAAGUAUGUUCUUUUGGCAUCAUUACCUUGCUAAUAAACAUGUUAAGCACCACCAUCAUAGUAAAUAAUAACAUUAAAAAACUGCCUAGGGAAAAUGUACUGCAUGUUCUUUCCCAGCUAAUAAACUGGUUAUGUGUUCCAGACGUGUCAUUUUCAGGUUUGCCUUGUCAAAAACAUUUCAGAUUUCCAUAACUAUAUUUUUCUUAUUCACAACUAUCAUCAACACCGCAUCUUGCCAAGGAUGGCAAGCAAUGCCCAGAAACAAUACUUCAGAUAUCCACAGCUACGGUCUUCCUAAUCGCAACUGUCAUUCGGUUACUGAGUGUUUUGGCAACGCAAUCGCUAAUAAAUGACCAUCUAUCAAUA